ACUACUGAGUACUGCAGGGGCAGUGACGUCACGGCCAGCCUCUCUCUCCCUCUCUCUCUCUCACAGUCCCUUCCUGCUGCAUCACAACAGUCGCUAGUGGAUCGGGUAACUGAGCUAUUUCCACUGCCUUGUGGAGUUUUUAUUUCAAAUAAAGGUAACAGAAGUCCUCAUCGACUAACAGCCUCAACCGUCAAGCCCGUCACAGUCAGUCCGAGCGGACGUCAGCGCAGCCAGUCUGAACGCGUUUCAAGCGCAGUGGGAGAUGGCCAGACCAGAGCAGGUCCUGCUUCUAGAACCGCAGCACGAACUGAGGUUCCGAGGUCCAUUUACAGAUGUGGUGACCACCACCCUAAAGCUCGCUAAUCCCACAGACAGAAAUGUGUGCUUUAAAGUAAAGACGACUGCACCGCGCCGGUACUGCGUGCGGCCAAACAGCGGAGUGAUCGAUGCCGGAACCUCCAUCAACGUCUCUGUGAUGCUGCAACCGUUCGAUUAUGAUCCGAAUGAGAAAAGCAAACACAAGUUCAUGGUACAGUCUCUGCUGGCCCCACCUGACAUGACUGACACUGAGGGAGUGUGGAAGGACGCCAAGCCCGAGGAUCUGAUGGACUCCAAGCUGAGAUGUGUCUUUGAUAUGCCCGUUGAAAAUGAGAAAACACAUGAAAUGGAAAGCAAUAAGAUAUCCACCAGUCUCUCAAAGUCGGAAUCAUCCACAUUGUCUAUGAAGUCCAUGGCCUCCAGUCUGGAUGAUGGAGAGGUCAAGAAGAUCAUGGAGGAAUGUAAAAGACUGCAGACGGAGGUGCAGCGGCUACGAGAGGAGAACAAACAGAUCAGGCAGGAAGAUGAUGGUCUGCGGAUGAGGAAGAGCACAGUAAUAUCCGCUCCGCACUCCUCUUCAGCGAUGAGAGUGAAGGAGGAGGGGCUGAGCACCAGGGUGAUCGCUCUAAUUGUGCUGUUUUUUGUUGUGGGUGUCAUCAUCGGCAAGUUGGCCUUGUAAAAUCCAAGAGGAGAGUGUUACAAGCAUGCAUUGCGGAUGAAACAAAAACAAAACAGACAAGUAACCAAUGCAGAAUUCGUUUAAUCCGAAUGCCAUAUCAUUGGGGUAGUUUUGGAUUAGCGAGGUGUGUAAAAUUAAUAAAGAGAUCAAGAUAUUUCAUCAUGUUAUGUGCAAAGAAAUAAAUUCAGAAAAAAAAAAGUUAAUAAUAGUAAUCUGACACAGCUCUUGCCUCAAAAUUGUGAAAUCAUCCUGGCCCCUCUUCCUUAAUUAUUGCUGAUGCAAGUUCAAAAAUAUCAUAGAUUUUAACCACUAAAAUGUUGUAGGGAUUUUCUAACACCAGAUGUGCGACUGCGUUGUGCUAGAGUGAAUGUUGUUUAUCACUUUUUUUUUUUCAAUGGGUCAGAAGCAAAUUUUAUCUGUAUACAAAUGCUAAACAUCUUUGAAAAGUGUCAUAUGGCAUUAAUUUGUACAUACACAAACAUCCGGCAUUAAAGCAGCAGUUCACUGAAGUAUAUUUGCAAUCACUCUCCGGGUAAUUGAUUAAAAAAAAAGCCUUCUAGUAUCUUCCCCAGUCACACUGUUGUUGAAAUAACGUGUUUUACAUCCUCCAUCCACUUCCGUUCAGUCCCGAAGAUAUGUUUGAGUACCAACAAGUGCUAUGAUUCAACAUAUAUUUCCUCAACAAAUCAGAUUAUUCAACAAGAAUAUAUGAUGUCGUCACUAAUUACCCAAAUUUUUUAGUUAAAAGACCAUCACUGCUUCAUGCCAAUUUAAUGUUCACUUGCAAAACACACGCCAAUCCAGGUUUUCGAGACAAAACCACCACGAAGUCUGGCUUUUAAGUGGCUUUGGCAAUGCGGUUUGACUAUUAGGUUUUGUUUCGUUUGGUUUUCAGACGUCUUAAAUCAACAGCAAAGAAAUGGACUGUUAGUGACUGAUAUUUCAAACGGCUGUUACUGGGGAAGUGUUGGUGAAACCCUUUGGCCGUUCACCUAGUCAUUUGCUCCAAAAACCAUUUGAAACAAUAUUUCUCCAUGUCGGUGAGGCGAUGUCUCUGAAACCAACGCUUCCGAUGAUGCUUUGCACAAACCGAUUUCCCUGUCAGGAACAGAAUUCUUUAUUAUUGUUUUCUUUUGGUAAGGGAUAUGUGCUUGAAUGCAUGGCUCUGUUUAGAGCAAAAAAUACUUUAUAUUUUAUUAAGCUGCUCCAUAGGUGAAAUCUCCUUUUCAGGCCCUUUUAGCACACCUCUGUUUCCAUUUCGCUGCCUGUCGACCCGAGUUAAUUUAUUGAUCAAGUCAUUAUUAUAUACAAUAAUAGUGCAGCUGCUAAGCGUAAUAUCUGAUGCACCAUCUACAAGCAAAUGGUUGAAGGUCUCUCUCCCUAUGAACUUUCUAUCUUAAGAUGCCAUGAGGAGAGUUCACCAUCAGGUCCAUUAACACUGACCCCCCUCUCACUUUACCCCUUCAAAAAAGAACAAAAAAAGAAUAGUAAACCCAGGAUUUAACAUUUUAUAAUCAUUUACUCAUCUUCACGUUGUUCCAACCCCAAAUGUUUUGCUUGUGAGAAACAAGAUGUUGGGAAGAGCUGCUCUUUUCCAUACAUGAUUUACAGUAUGUUGCUGUGAAAAAGGACAAAAAUAGUCAUGAAACUAUCAUAAAGCUAGUCCAAAGAUCUUUAACCCUAAUUCUGAAGCCAUACGAAUAGAUUUGUGUUAGAGAUGGACUGAAUUAAGUCGAUAUGCUUCAGGUUUUGCAUGAUGAUUUUAGCGUUCACACAAAGCUAUUGCAUGGCUUUAGAACAUGGUACACAAUGAUUUUUGUCCUUUUUGGAUCUUUUGAGGAUCAAUCCCCAUCAACGUUUAUGGGAAAGAGCAGCUCGGACAAUCUGCAUAGCAUCUAAUUUUGGAGAAAGUGAUUAAUAUGAGGUCGUAACAACAUGAUGAGGGAGUAAACAGAGAUGAAAUGUUUUUUCUUGAGGGCAACUAUUCUUUUAAAAACGGACACGUGUGAGUAUUGUAUCCUGUAUUUUAGCCAUGCCAAGCCUACACCUCAUUUCCAGAUAAAUGCAUGGCUUCGAUAUGCCUUGUCGGUGGUCUGAAAUGUACACAACACUGGUUUAUCUCGCAGCAUAAGGCUUUAAAAAAAACACUCCUGACAUUUCUGCACUGUUUUCCUGAGCCCUCUGUUUCUUUGCUGUCCUCUGAUGUUAAUUUAGUCGUUUGUUUGGAUUUAAGUUAUGAAUAAAGCUUUUAUUGCACAGAACUGUUUAUAUUAAAAAUGCACUACAUAUAAAGAAUGUCAUCUUCCCAUGCACAACGGUCUGGUCUUUGUGAAAUGACACCCGAAAAGAGACUCUUCCAACAGGGGACCAUUUUGUGACCUGAUGUGUAUUUGUGUCAUAGUUUGGUGUUGUGGGGGUGUCUUUUUCUUUAAUGUUUCUCUUCUACCCCCCUCCUUGAGACGCUUUUGUUUCAGUUAAUCAUCUUAUUGCUAAAUAUUGGAUUUCUAAGAACAGAGGAGCUUACGAUAUUGACAAACGGUAAAACUUUGCUUUGGGAGUAACUUGAGGAGACAUUCAGGGUAUAGGGAUUUUGGGACUGCAGUUUAUGUAUAGUUCACCAAGGAGUAUGAUUGCCAUGGAGAGGGAGGGAUUUGGGGGCCUAUCAGCCAAAUCAGCUGGCUCAUAAUUCAAGGAAAACCUUAUUAUUGUGCCCCAAACCUUCACAUACGAUGUACACAUGAAGGUGACCGUUUUGUAUGUAUAUAAAUAAAUAAAUAAUGAGUCUAAGAUGAAAAAUAAGGUUGAUAUUCUUAGUCAAGUAGUCUAUAAUGGUAUAUAAAGAAACCCCAACUUUGUUGGACUAUGUAGCAUCUUAAUAAAUUAAAUCAAUAAAGCCCCAGA